GGGGUUAAAGUUCAAUCAAUUUCACAAUACUGCAGGCACCACGCAGCAAACAGUGUCUAUCCCAACUGAACAACCAACACGAAUUUUAUAUUGUCAGGAAAGCCACGUGAUUACCGUAGUUGUGAUCUUUAAGAUAUAACGAUGGCCUGCAGUAAUGUUGGAACUACUUCACACAAACAACUUGUGGAUGAUAUUAACGAGAACGUUCUCCUCUGUGCUGUAUGUCAAGAAAGAUUUACAUCACCGAAGAUAUUACCGUGUGUUCAUACAUUCUGUGAGAAAUGUCUGAAGACGUGGGUUGAGAAGAACGGUGGUCAGUUGACUUGUCCAACAUGUCGUAAGUCACACAUCAUUCCCCCAGGUGGCAUCGGAGCACUAAACAAUAAUUUGUUCAUCAACGACGUGCUGGAAAUGUUCUCUAACGUCAAGAUUGGUCAAGAUAUGUUAAAGUGUGAAGUGUGUGCAUCAGCAGCCUCGUUCUGGUGUAAGGACUGUGUCCAGUUCUUUUGCCAAGAAUGCAGUGUUCCACAUAAUGUUAUGCGAGUUACGAAAAACCACAAAGUGAUCACAGUGGAAGAGUACCAAGAAUUAGAGAAAUCAGCUCAGCGUCAUCUCAUCCGACCACAAUUCUGUCCAAAUCAUCCUGACAACCAGUUGGUGUUAUUUUGUGAUGUGUGUCAAGUCACAGCAUGCAUUCAAUGUGGUUUGAUUAACCAUAACGGAUCCGAUCAUCGCAUGAUAUCCAUGGAAGAUGCACUGAAGAAAUACACUCCAAAUUUACACCAUCUGAUAGAUGAACUGAACAAAUCAGUGACGUCGCUGAAAUCUGGUGAGGAGAAACAGAACCAAGCAAUGAAGCUGUUCAAACGUGAGCAGGUAUCGGAGGAAAAACAAAUAAAACAACACGCAGCUGAUAUUAUUAAUCGUGUAAAACAAGAAGAGCAGAAACUUCUCACCAAAGUGACCGAGGUAUGCGGUAAGCGAGACAAAGAAUUACAGGCACAGUUGGAUCACAUUGAGUUGGACUUGGAACGUGCAAAAAGUAUGCAGUCUUACGCUGUAAACUGUCUUUACCAUGGCAACCCAGCUGACAUUCUAUCACAAAAGAGGAACUUAGAAGAUGGAUUAACAGAGUUGGGAAAUAAAGCGUCAUUAGGUCAGCAUGAAAUUGGAAAUGACUUCAAGUUGAAAUUCAAGAAAACUAUGCCAUCACUAUUAACCAUUGGGGAAAUUACAUGUGAACGUCGUGAGAGUUCUGAAGGGACAGUUGAAGAUAGUCUCCCAAGCGCCAAUGCUAACACCUUGGAAGGUGUGCCUGUGUGUAACCGAGAGGUGCAGCUCAGCAAGAAGUUAUCUAAUAUUUUAAGGCACAAUGCCAACAAAUUUGGAUUUCAACUUGAUAAAGGUGGAUUUUUGAAUGUUGAAGACAUGCUACAUCAUCAACAUUUUCGCGGUUAUACUAUUGAAGAUGUGAAAAGAGUUGUGACUAAUAAUGACAAACAGCGUUUUGCCUUGAGAAACCAUCCAGACAGUAACUUGUUGCAGAUACGCGCAAAUCAGGGCCAUUCCGUUAAGGUUCAAGGUCUUGAAUUGAAAAGAAUCACGGAUGCGUCAGAAUAUCCAACUGUUAUAUACGGCACUUACAGCAAGCACUUAGAGAGAAUCAAAGAAAAGGGCUUAUCAAGGAUGGGUAGAAAUCACAUACAUUUUGCACCAGGAAUGCCAGACGAGGUCGGAGUUAUUAGCGGAAUGCGCUGGGAUUGUGAUGUUAUAAUUGUUUUAGACUUGGAGAAAGCAAUUAAAGAUGGAAUCGAGUUUAUGAUUUCUGCUAACAAUGUAAUACUGUCAUCCGGUGACGAACAUGGUUACAUUUCUGUAGAUUACUUCAAAGAAAUUAGACAACGACGCACAUAAAAAAAACAACUUUUACUCGAGAUCCGAAGUGUGGAAAAAAAAAAUACCUGACCAGUAAGGAAGCAGAGAAGAGAUGCCAUAUAAGUUCAGCCAAUUGUUCAAUAUGUACAGAGGCUGCACCUGGCAGAAUGUGCAGUAUAUUUGUUAUACACGAG